AUGUCGGCAUUAUCUUCAUCCUCAACAUCAAGAAAAGAUGUAAUUUUCAUAUCCAGUUUGAUAAUUCUAUGGUACUCUACAAACAUUGGAGUCCUCCUCCUCAACAAAUUUUUGCUAUCCAAUUAUGGAUUUGCCUUCCCAAUCUUCCUCACUAUGUGCCAUAUGUCAGCAUGUGCUAUCCUCAGCUACAUCUCCAUUGUUUUCUUGAAAGUAGUGCCACUACAGAGGAUCAAAUCAAGGUCCCAGUUCUUCCGGAUUGCAACUCUAAGCGUCGUAUUUUGUGGGUCUGUUGUGGGUGGUAAUAUUUCCUUAAAAUUUUUGCCGGUGUCCUUUAAUCAGGCUGUGGGUGCAACCACUCCAUUUUUCACUGCACUGUUUGCUUAUUUUAUGACCCUUAAAAGGGAGGCUUGGGUUACUUAUGCUUGUCUUGUGCCUGUGGUUGCCGGGGUUGUCAUUGCAAGCGGGGGUGAGCCAAGCUUCCAUUUGUAUGGAUUUAUCAUGUGCAUAAGCGCUACUGCAGCAAGAGCUUUUAAGUCUGUUCUUCAGGGGGUCCUGCUUUCUAGUGAAGGAGAAAAGUUGAACUCCAUGAAUUUGUUACUUUAUAUGUCCCCCAUUGCUGUCGUUGUAUUACUUCCUGCAGCACUUGCAAUGGAGCCCAACGUGUGGGAUGUAACUAUAUCACUUGCAUUGGAACAUAAAUUCAUGUGGGUACUACUUUUGCUUAAUUCAUCAAUGGCUUAUGGAGCCAACUUAUGCAAUUUCUUGGUGACAAAGCAUACGAGUGCAUUGACACUCCAGGUAUUGGGCAAUGCAAAAGGAGCUGUGGCCGUUGUCAUUUCAAUACUCCUUUUCCGAAAUCCUGUUACCUUCAUUGGCAUUGCUGGAUAUUCUAUGACCGUUAUGGGGGUCGUUGCUUAUGGAGAAUCCAAGCGUAGGUACAAAUGA